GGCUACAGAGUAAGAAGCACUCAGCAUUUCACCAUUCCUGUGGAAAAGACCAACCAAAUGCUUAAUGAAGGAAGUCUUGUUUCUGAACAGUUAACCACGGUUCCAAUCUCAUAAUGGUACCCAGUUAUCCAGAAAGACAUACUGACCUUGGAUGAAGACCUUCUGGCUCAAGAGGACUGGUCCCUAGCAGGAAGGAGGAGGGGGCUCUGGUUCAGUUUCUUGCUUCCAGAGAAGACACAUGCCCUGGGCUUUUCCACAUCAGCUGGUCUUUUCAACAUCAGACAAGCAGAACAGUGCAAGCUUGCACGAGUCCAGCUCUUGAAUAUGGGACUGGAAAUGAGGUGGCAGAAGGCAAAGGAGGAGCAGGCUCCCGCGGUGCAGAGCCGGAGGUCAUCACUCAGCGGGGUGUGCUACUUGACCAUGGGUCUCCUCGUACUGCUCCUCGGCUUGGUCUUCGCUUCGAUGUAUGUCUACAGAUACUUCUUCAUCACCCAGCUUCCCCGUGAGAGCGUGUUUCACUGCGGCGUCCUUUACGAAGACUCGCUGUACUCCCCAUUCAAGGGGCAGCUGGAGCUGCAUGAAGACGUCAAGAUUUACAUUGAGGAGAACUAUGAGCAAAUCAAUGUCCCGGUGCCGCAGUUCGGAGGGAGCGACCCUGCAGAUAUCAUCCAUGAUUUCCAGAGAGGUCUGACAGCUUAUCAUGACAUAACGCUGGAUAAAUGCUACGUCAUCGAGCUGAACACCACUAUCGUGAUGCCUCCACGCAACCUGUGGGAGCUGCUGGUUAACGUGAAGAAGGGGACGUACCUGCCUCAGACGUACAUCAUCCAGGAGGAGAUGAUCGCAACGGAGCACGUCCAUGACAUGGAGCAGCUCGGCUCCUUCAUCUACCGCCUCUGCAGCGGCAAGGAGACCUACAGGCUGAAGCGGAGGAGCGCCAGGAGACGUAUCAGUCGACGUGAGGCUGGGAACUGUCAUCGUAUUCGUCACUUUGAAAACACUUUUGUGGUUGAAACUGUUAUCUGCAAAAAAUCAUGAGGCUGCUGUCCUGUUGUAACCUUCCUUGGCUUUGCUUGCACAUACAUGCUCUCAGCCCUCUUUUAGACAUGGUAAUGUGUCUUACUUUAUUUUUAUUUUUAUUUUUAUUUUUGUUUUUACUCCUUCCCUUGCUUGUGAAGCUCUAACCUCUUGGGUCCAUCGUGGCCUCACAGUUGAUUAUCUUUUUCUCCCUCCUGCCUACCUGAGACGUUUUGCUGGGCUUAAAUUUACACAGUGGUCACAGAUAGCCUGGGAGUGAACGCAGCCUCAUCCGUGCCACAGGACAGAAAUCUCUUUUGGGAGCAGGCUUGGGGUAGAAGGGAUGGCCAAGAAAUAGGAUGCUGGAAACAGGUGCUCUUUUCCUGGCUGAGCGAUUUCCUGCUGGUAGUGUUCUGAACCUGGCUUGGUACCAGGGCAGAAGGUGUGUGACAGGAGGAGGGCUACCAGUUUGAUGCUGAUGUAACUACCAGGAAUAUGGAAUCAGAUGCCCUUAGGGAGAGAACAGAUGUGAGGCUACAAACAGUGACUCAGAAAACUCAGCAGAGGGGGAUUUCUGCCUAAACCGUGCUGUGGUGCUCCCAGCUUGCUGCUUGCUGUUCUCCUGAAGGCCAGGUUAUCAAACAGAGAAAGCAGCCUGUACGUGUUGCCCCUGUGAGUACUCCUCGCCACGUGGCAGUCUGCUCCUGAGCCUGGCAUGGCUUGGCACAGCCCUGGGAGCAGCGUGGGGUGCCCUCGGGUGAGCCCCUGGAGGGUGGGUACGCGGUGCUGAUGUGGGGUGGCAACAACAUGGCGAUCAUAGCGCUGCUUGGGGGCCACGGAGCAGGGAGGCUGCGUAGCCACAUUCAAGGCUGCAUAGCCUUACUCUGCCUCUUUGUAGAAGAGGCUGCCAUGCCUGUGUGCAAAGUGGUGUCAGCAGCAGGAUUGGUAGUUACUGGCGAGUACAGAAGCAGAUUUUUUUGUUUGUGUUGAGAGAGAGUUUUCUUGUAUAACUCCUCCAAUGAAAGCUGUUUUGAUAGUAAUUCCUGUAGCCCUACUGUAUAUCACAUCAUCUGAGGGCACCGUUGUGGUACAGAUAUUGAUACAAGGCAAGAUUCAGUGCAUCGAUAUACUGCAGAGAAAUUGUGUGAACAAAAUUGCAUUUCUAUUGAUCAUUGGAGAGAAGAAUUGCAGAGUAAUUAAAUAUUCUUCCCUCUGAUCCAUAAAUAUAGUUAAAACUAAUUAGGUUCUUAAAAUGCAGGCAGUUUUUUGGCUUGAAAGAACAGCAUGAAGUUCAGCUUGGCACAUUCUUGUUAAUUGGUUUCCAGCAAAUCUGGACUUGUUCAUCUGUUGAAAUGAGCUUGUUGUUUUAGAAAGAGGAAGGAUAAAGUAAAUGCAAGUACAAUCAUUAAUUCAGCAGGACCAAAAAGUGAAUAUAUUUUAGAGUAAAACUUUUAAUAGUAAUACUGUGAGCUAGUUACUUGAAAACAAAACAGUAUCUCAAAAUAGUCAUCUAAAACAAUAGGAAUUAGUAUGUCCUUAGAGGCUGAGAAUUUAUUUUUUCUUAUAAAUGUAGAGUCAACCAUAAAUAUUAAAUUUUAACAGGUAGAGGAGGAGAUGUUGGUCUCCUGCUUUAAGCUGGAUGUAAAAUGAAGAACUGCAUGUACUUCAUGCAGGUUGGUAAGGAAAGUUUCCUACUGCCAGAGGGUAUUUGCUUUUCUAUAGUACAGCUGUGUUUUUCCAAAUAUAACUUGCUAUCAGCCCUAGCCUUUCCUUGCGAAGUGGAUGACAAGCAAGUCAGAGAAUUGGUUUGCUUGGUGGAAGUACCACAAACUGGUAAAUUUAAGCCCUGUGUUUCUCUUUGUUUCUGGGCACCUAAGCCUGCACUCAGGUGAGCACACAGACCUUUUCCCCCUUCCUUCUGAUUCUGCAUGAAUUAACUGGUCAUUGAAUAUGCUAACUCUGUGCAACCCCGCAGCUGUAAGGACAAGCCCUGGUUCUUUAAGAUGAACUGACACGUUCGCUGUUUCAUAGGGUGAGAAUGCAGUUGUCUAGAAAGAAAACACAAAAUGCUUUGUAUAUUUUGUCUGGUAGGACUCUUACCUCUUAGGAAACAUCCAUGGGAUAAUAAAAUCUUUUACCUCUGAUAUGUAAAGCGUGUGUUUGUUGAGAAUGAAAGCACAUCCCCUCCAUGAAGCUAUCGCCCAUGCCCUGCGGUGUGGAGGCUCUCCCCAGGGCGAUGGGAUUGCUGUGCAGGGAUGCAUCCAAGUCGCCAGCUGCCAGAGCCUGCCCAUGCCUGCAGGCUUGAGGGCUUCCCUCCUUGCCAUGCCAAAUUCAGCCAGGCAGGACCCACUGGGCUCUUCUGAGCUGUCUGCCCCGCUUCCAUCCUGGUGGAGAAGUGUCUGAACAGUGUUCCUGAGCUGGAACAUUGAAGCUCUUUCCAAAAUCAGUCUCUAGUCGAUCAGUGAGGAAGUUAACGUAAGGCAUUUUGCUUGUUACAGUCUUUGUAUUUACCUCUUCAGUACCUGGAUGCCUUUUCCGUCGUUGGGGUUCUGUAGAAGAGUUUUGUGUUCUACAAUAAUUGUGUUUGCCAAAGCCUGUUCUGCAGCUAAACCUAGUAAUUUGGCCUGAUGCAAAGACGGAAACGACAUAGUUUGCAAAGGUGUUUUUUUGGAGUUGUAUCUGACAAAUACACUGUUCCUCUGUGUCCGUGCCUCAGAAAAUUCCUGUGGCUCUUCCAGAGGAGAGAGCAAUGAGGAGAAAGCUGUGAUCUGGAUUGUGCACUGUUAUGAGAUUGUUCACUGUGAAAAUGAAAAUGUGUUGCUCUAAGAAAUAAAUGCUGAGGAGAUGAUUUCAGUAUGCACCUCUUAGAACCAUCUGUCACAAUAUUAGAACAAGAAAUGGGCAUAUUCUGGCUGUUGAUGAACAGCGCCUGGAAUACCCUUCAUCAUUGCUACUGAUUUCUUUCUUUUGCAUCUAGCUAAACAUUUGAAGAAUAACAGAGGUAGAAGCAAGAUCUGCCCCUACCAUGAAUUUUAAAUUCAUUUGUUUUGACCAUGUGUAACUACAAGUUUACAGAAUA